AUGUUAUCAAAGCGUAUUUUCGCUUCAUUAAUUUCGACACCGUCAUGUCGUUUCAUUCAAACAAGUGCUAUACUUAGUUCAAGUCAACAACAGAAUAAUCAAACAACUUAUGAUAAAUCAAUUUAUGACUCAACACGAAAAAAUUUAUAUAUCAACCGUGAAACACGUGUAAUUUGCCAAGGUUUUACUGGUAAACAGGGUACAUUUCAUUCACAACAAGCACUCGAAUAUGGAACAAAAUUAGUGGGCGGUGUUAGUCCAAAAAAAGCUGGCACUAAACAUUUAGGUUUACCCGUUUUUAAAAAUGUGCAUGAGGCCAUGAAAGAGACUGGUGCAACUGCUACAGUUAUUUAUGUUCCACCUCCAGGUGCUGCUGAAGCUAUUCUCGAAGCAAUUGAUGCUGGCAUUGGUUUAAUCGUAUGCAUUACAGAAGGUAUUCCACAACACGAUAUGGUUAAAGUUAAACAUCAACUUGUACGACAAAACAAAUCUCGUCUUGUUGGACCCAAUUGCCCAGGUGUCAUUGCUCCUGGACAAUCCAAAAUUGGAAUUAUGCCAGGUCAUAUACAUCGACCUGGUCCAAUCGGUAUUGUCUCACGUAGUGGUACAUUGACGUAUGAAGCUGUACAUCAAACAAGUCAAGUUGGUCUUGGUCAAUCAUUAUGUGUUGGUAUUGGUGGUGAUCCAUUUAAUGGUACCGACUUCAUCGAUUGUCUUGAUUUAUUCUUAAAAGAUCCAGCAACAACCGGUAUUAUUCUUAUUGGUGAAAUUGGAGGUAAUGCUGAAGAAGCUGCUGCUGAAUAUCUUAAACAAACGAAUACUGGUGCAAACGCCAAACCUGUUGUUGCUUUUAUUGCUGGACAAACAGCUCCACCAGGUCGUCGUAUGGGCCAUGCUGGUGCCAUUAUCAGUGGUAAAUCAGGUGGUGCUGAAAGUAAAAUUGAAGCAUUGAAAGAUGCAAAAGUUAACGUUAGUGAUUCUCCAGCUAAAAUGGGUCAAUUAAUGUACAAGUUAAUGAAAGGUGAAGAUCAUCCAAUAAGUCGAAAAUAA